AGUGUCCUUGCGCUCCGCCGUCGCCUCAACCGGCAGCUGAUUUUUCUCCAGCACAUCAUUUGAAAACUUGUUUGCAGCAGCCUCACACACUUGCAGGAUGUGUGGCACGGAUGUGGACCUGGACGACGAAGGCUCAGUCGAGGAGGAGAAGGAGGAAGACUUGUGGAUGGGCGAGCGAGUGAAGAUGCUGCCCCCUCCUGUGGCCCACAGCCAGGGUUCCGCGUGGGGCACCCGGAGGAGCGGGUCGGGCUGCGUGGUGUGCGGGGCGGCUCUGGUCCUUUGGAACGUGUGUGUGCUCCUGGCUGGUGCUCUGCUCCUGACGCUGAUCUUCUCCUUGGUGCUGCUGCCCGCAGUGGUGCUGCUCUACGUUGGAUUCCUGUGCCAUUCCAGGAUCCUGGACAGCUCGUCAGCCAUCUGCAAUUACCUUGACGACAACAGCUGCUCGGCCCUCAUCAUCCUGGGCUUUGUAAUGAUGUCGCCGCUCGUGGUUGUGGCGGCGGCGGUCUUCUGCGGUUUGCUGCGAAGGUUUCGACUCCUGCUUCUCAUUCAGCCAAUCAGUCGCGCACGGUACAGAGGGAGGUUAAUGGACUGGGUGGGCAGCGUCCACGCUUGGGUCUGAUUGCUGCAUUAAGUUGGUGGGGGAAAAAAAGGCCUGGCAUGUUGAGUCUAAAGCAGCCUUUUCUUACCUCAUACAUUGCCUGCAGAAGUUGUUUCCCAACCUUUACUGAGCUAAGGCACAUACUUUACAGUAAACACAAAAAGCAUAGCUUAAAUUGUUUUGUGGCCACACUUGUAACCCAAAACACCUGCACCUCAAAUUAAAUCAACUUUCCAUUGAAAAGAAUGUAAACAACAUUAAUCUGUUCCACCCCCCACCCCCAAAAUUUUACAAAAAUGUUUGGAAUGUUUUUUAAGAUGAACAAUAGGACUCUAUAAUAUAUUACUUUGUAACAACAUCCAAAGUUAGCAUAGGUAAGUAGAAUGUAAAGAAUUAAAGAGUUUGUGGAUCAUGAAUAAUUUAUUGGGGCUCUUGCUGGUGUGCGUGACUUGGCCAGCUGGGGGCAGUCUAAUACAGUGAGGCAGACACACGCGAAGAAGACUUUCACAACAACUCUAAGCAGCACUAUUAGUUGUUUUUUUUUUUGCAGAGGAUAAAGAAUAUAUACGUGUGAAUAUUGUUAUAUUGUCUGUCUAUAUGUGUUGCUGCACCAUUUGUGUUCAAAUAUCUGUUUGUUUGUUUUUUUAGUGUUAUAACACUGCCACAUAGAUGUUAUUUGUUAGCCUCGCUAUGACUUUCCCUGUUCCCAUCAAGCUAGCAGACUUUGAGGCAACGUUAUGUGUUUGUUUUAACUACACAAGAUGUAAUUGUUUAAUGUUUAGAUUGACAGCAAACUUCUCAUGUCUCACAAAACACGCAAUUCGAGUCACUCAUAUCCCAAGUCACCACUGAAUACUGAAAUAAUGAUGAUCACGUCUCAAUGGACUCCCAAAUUGACUUACUCAGUGUGAAAUGUGGGCCUGUUUAGUUGAACAUAACGCUACUAUUUUAUUGUAAAUACAAUACAAUAAUACAAUAAUAUUGUAAAUUGUACCUUCUUCCUUCAAGUGGAAGGACAAUUAAGUGUUCUCCUUGACACAAUAUGUCGCUGACAAAGAUAGAUGAACAGAGGCACAAAUAUGACUAUAGGUGUUGAUUGACACUGUCAGAUAUUGUUUGACAUUUUAUUGUUGUUUUUUUUGCUGUGGUUGUAGAUUGCUGUGGUGUAGAACUGCACGAGUUGCUUCUAAUCUAUUGGUUACCUAAUUUAGCUACAUGAAACUGUCAGUAUAUUACAAAUGCUCGCUUUUUCUUCAGCUUUUUGUGACCUUUCGUGGAAUAUUUAUUCCAAUGUUGUUCAGAGAAGAAAAAAGGCUCAAAGUUACAUUGAAAUCAGCAAAACUGCAGUGUCACUUGUUUUUAGAGGAUUGUUUUAUUGUUGUGUUCAGUGUUUUUUAAUUUUUUUAAUUUUUUUGGGUGGUUUGCUUCUCAUGUACAAAAUCACCUAAUGUAGCCUUUUAGUAGUCAUGCCUUGUACUGUAUGAGGGAGGCUAUAAAGAUACAUAGUACAACCACAAUUAGAAAACAAAAGUUGCCAAUAUAAUAGUGUAAUGGCUGUUUAGUGGGAGCCUAGUGUUUAAGUUUAAAUUUGUGUUUAAAUUUGAUCAUCAGAUUGUUAUGCUUCAUUCUGCCGUCGAGUCGUUUACUUUAAUGUAUGCAUGCCCAGCAUCCUCUUUAUGUAUGUGUCCUUUCUUUGUGUUAUUGUUAUCGAGGAGGUAGACAAGAACCAGAAUUACUGUAAUUAUUGUAUGCUGUACAGAUACAGUAAAAUGUCUGACGAUUUUAAAUUGUACUUAUUAUUUUAGUACCAGGAGUGGAAAAUCAUUUUUUGCUUAUUGCUUGUGCCAAACCACACAAACACACAUCGCCAUAGUGAGUAUUCCCAUUA